GCGAUAAGUAAUGUUUUGUUUUGCGUUUUCUUUUAAUUUAUUGCUGGCGUAAUUAGUCUUAAAAAAAUUACUGAAGAAAAGGUUGUUGGAAUUAAAGAUUCAUUUCAUUAUUCGUUAAUGCGCAGGAAGACGGGGGUAUUGUUUUUAAAAAAUAAAUAAAUGAAAUUUCAAAAAGGAAAAAAACGAGCUUAAAAAGUGCAAAUGUGAAUAAUUUAAUCGAGCGUUUAAUUGAUACGCGUUAAGGGAAAAGUAAUAAAUUAAAUUAAAAUUAAUGUGAAACGCGACUGCGUUACCUUUGAACUGUGAAGAGUGAGAAAAGCCAGCAGGUAAAACCAUCCAUUGCUACAAGUAUGCCAACCAGACUGCUUGGCAGCCAUCGUGGGGCGGAGCACAACACAGAAAGUCAAGUGCUGGUAGACAACGAGGAGGUGCAGCCAACAGACGCUUACGAUAAUGAUGACUAUGAGCGUAGCAGAGCGGAUGCGGGUGGCUUUGUCAAUGAUAAUGACUAUAGCAUACGCUUUGUGCCAGCCACACUGCCAACGCCAACCCCCUUUCACAAUCACGAAUUCCAUAAUGUGGAACUGCAACCGACACAUGUGACCAGCAUUGAUGCACCUCCCGAUCGCUUUCAUUUUGCCUAUAUAGUUUUUUAUUUACUUGGCGUUGUUACGAUGACGCCAUGGAAUUUUUUCGUCACUGCGGAGGAUUAUUGGAUGUAUAAAUUUCGCAACACCACCAUCAACAACACCGCCGAUGUUGAAAUAGAACUAACACCAAUGCAAAAAAGUUUUGAAUGUGAUCUCACUCUUACUGCAUCCAUAUCGGGCACAACAUUUCUAAUACUCAACGCCAUUUAUGGACAUAAAGUACCGCUUAAGUUAAAAAUGUUGGGUACCUUAGUGAUCAUUCUUAUUAUAUUCUUUAUAACUACGGCAUUUGUAGAGAUUAAUACGGACCGAUGGCAGGAGCAAUUCUUUCUAAUAACAAUUUUCACAGUCAUAAUUAUAAAUAUAUCAUCGGCAACAAUGUCAGGUGGUAUAUUUGGCAUCGCAGGUCUCUUUCCAUCCGAAUAUAUGACUGCAUUGGUUAGUGGACAAGCUUUAGGAGGCAUAUUCACAGCAUUAGCUUUUAUAGUGGUCUUGGCGUUUAAUGCUGGACCAAAUACUACGGCCUUUAUAUAUUUUUCGAUUGGUAGUGUUUUGAUAUCGUUAUCGAUUAUUGCAUAUGAAGUCAUGUCACGGCAAUCGUUCUUUAGAUUUUAUUUAGAAGGCGGCAAUAAGCUUAAACCGCUAGACGAUACACCGUCUACAAGUCGAACGAACGACUUGGGAAUUACACUAGAACCAAAUAUAAAUGAAGUGAUGAGUAAAAUAUACGUCGAUGUGGUCAGUAUUUGUAUUUUAUUUACGACGACGCUUUCAGUAUAUCCAUCUGUAACGGUUCUUAUGCAGUCGGAAAAUUUUGGAAACGGUAACGCUUGGAACGAUAUUUACUAUCUGCCAGUUGUAAAUUAUCUGUUUUUUAAUUCUGGCGACUAUUUCGGUCGGAUAAUAGCCGGACUUUGGGAAAAGCCACAAAACUCGCAUACGGUACUGCUGAUGACCCUACUAAGAAUCUUAUACGUACCAUUUCUACUUUGUUCUAACACUAACCAGCAUUACUUUUUGCCAACGCUAGUGCACUCAGAUUAUUCUUUUAUUACCAUGAUCAUAACAUUCGCAUUGAGCAAUGGAUAUUUGACUAAUAUUAUUCUAAUGAGAGCACCACUUUCCGUUCUACAACAUGAAAAAGAAAUGGCAUCAUCCAUUAUGGUGGCCGCAUUAAGUUUUGGUUUAGCUUUAGGCUCUAUUUUGUCUAUGAUAUUCGUACAGAUGUUAUAACAGCGCCAGAAGAAGAGGCGCUAACAAGGAACGAAGAUCAAAAUCAGAUAGAACCCAAAGAGAUUAAAUGUGCCUGCAAUUUACAAAGACUAUGCUAUGAUUUCUAUGAUAGUUUUUGUGUUUUAUGCUUAAGAGUUUUUUAUGUUUAUUGUAAUUUUAAAAUUGUGAUAACUUUUAAUUGUGAUUCUAACAGAUUUUUAUUGUUUUUAUCACAAGCAGAUUAUAACCACAAUAAAAUUAAGUUAACUUUUA